AUGGCAACUUACUCCAUCCCUGAAGAGUUCACCUCUGAACUUGAACUCGUUGACAAGCCCGAUACCCGCUCCACCAAGGACAUCCUUGCCGAGCUCAAUCAGUAUAAGCCUGUCACUUCCGAGAAGAACAUCUGGGCUUUUUGGCAUGCUGGUCUCGAUGCUAUGCCCUCUUGGUGCCAGCGCAACGUCGCUGAUUGGGUUCGUAUCUGUGGUCCUUCAUGGACUGUCCGCGUCCUUGACGUCGUGCCCGACUCGCCAAAUCAUGCCUUGAAGUUUGCCAGUCAAGACCUGUUACCCGAUACCUUUGUGAAAGGGACCAUGGACGGACCUUAUGUUGGUCCACACUCUAUGGACUUUCUCAGAGGAGCUCUACUCUUUGGGCAUGGCGGUGUGGCCAUAGAUGUUGGGUGUGUCCUACUUCGAAGUAUGGAUCGUGUGUGCUGGGAUCUUAUCAUGGAUCCCAAAUCACCGAUUGAAGUGGCUGACAUCGAUUUCAGCGAAGCCGCAGACUGGCCCUGGGACUUCAAGAUUGGACCUCAGCAUGUCCUUGAGUACGUGUCGCAAGUCAUGUGCUGGCGCCGGUUGGCCAUGCUGGAGGACGCCGGUGAUGGGUUCAAUGGUUCAAAGUACUGGCAGGAGAACAUCCUCGGCAUUGAUGCCCGUCAUGAGAACUGGGCUGCUGAGGACGCCGUUGGCUUUGGCUCUGGUGCACGGUUGUAUGAGCUGUUUAACCUCCGAGUCGAUUCGGACCCAGAGACGGCGGACUACAAGGAGGCUUACAACUUGGUGUGGCUGCUGUUGAGGUCGGCUAGUUGGCAGAAGGUCACGCACGGAAAGGGACUCACCCAUGCUGCUGCGCUAGGAACCCUUUGGGAUGAGAACGACGGCAAGGAUAGUGCCCCAGGAACCUUUGGAGAAUUGCUGCGAUGGGGUUCUGUGCAUCUGAUACAGAAGCGAGAGGCCGUCUCCACCAAGCCUACAGCCAAGUCCGCGCUGAUUCUUCAGGAAGGUCUGUAUGGACCGUCAGAGGCUGGAGCGCAGUAG